UUUCAGCGGCUGGCUGGCAAGUUUUUUUUUUUAUUGCUCUCGGUCCCAAGUUCAGUUUACUUUCAGUGUCAGUCUGUUGAUCAAUUUAUUUUAUAUUAAUUUUUCACAUAGAAACUCAAAUAUUUUCUUAUUUUAGUAAAAAUUCGAAUUUUUCACAGUGACGUUUCAAUAGAAAAUAAUCUCUUUAUAUUGUUAAUUAUGAUAAUAUUUUGAAUCAACGUGUUUAAGAAUACCAGACACACUAUAUAUAUAUACAUAUAAACAUACAAAUAUUCUAAAUAUUUUUAUACUCGUUUAAUAAAUUUCUAUGUGAAAAAUCAAAGUUAUUAUCUUAAAUAAAGAAAUUUUUAAUUUAUAAAAUUAUCUAAAUUUUUGUUUAAAUUUAUAUCUUGGUGCAAUUCUGAUGAACAUAAUAAUUAAAAGAUAAUAUUACAGUGACGACACUGGUACUUGCAUAUCUAUAUAAAGUCGACGAGAAAAGAAAAAAUAAAAUAAAACAUCAGUGAAUUCGGCACGUAGGCACCCUGUUGCCAUUGACCGACAAAAACGAGGAUCACAUUUUAUACCGGCUGUUGACGCGUCACAACCAAAAGCUAUCAGAAUGGCAGGGCCACCAAUUUUGGAAGAGAACGAUGAUGCAACAAUUGUCAGUGAACCAUUUUUUAGUACCUACGAUAUUGCCCUUCUCGUUAUUCUCAUUUUAGUUGGACUAUGGUGGCUCAUGAGAAGAAACAAACAAGAUGAAUAUACACCAUCCACGAAAUCGUAUUCAAUACAACCUACGUCAUAUACGGCAGUGAUGCCUUCGGAAAAUUCAUUUAUCAAAAAACUCCAAACUUCUGGACGUAGUUUGGUAGUAUUUUAUGGUAGUCAAACUGGUACUGGCGAGGAAUUUGCUGGUCGAUUAGCUAAAGAAGGUAUUCGAUAUCGAAUGAAGGGUAUGGUUGCUGAUCCAGAGGAAUGUGAUAUGCAAGAAUUAGUCAACUUAAAGUCAAUACCAAACAGUAUGGCAGUAUUUUGUAUGGCUACUUAUGGAGAAGGCGAUCCAACAGACAAUGCUAUGGAAUUUGUUGACUGGCUCAAAAAUGGCGAUGGCGAUCUCAGUGGAUUAAAUUACGCUGUUUUUGGACUUGGAAACAAAACGUAUGAACAUUACAAUGAAGUGGCAAUUUAUAUCGAUCACAGAUUGGAGCAACUUGGUGCAACUCGUGUCUAUGAACUCGGUCUUGGCGAUGACGAUGCCAACAUUGAAGACGAUUUUAUUACUUGGAAGGAUAAAUUUUGGCCAGUUGUUUGUGACUUCUUUGGAAUUGAAGGAAUCAGCGAAGAUGUGAGCAUUCGUCAAUAUAAACUUACUGAACACGUUGAUUUACCAGCUGAUCGUAUUUAUCAUGGAGAAAUUGCCAGACUUCAUUCCUUCAAAAAUCAAAGAGCUCCAUUCGAUGCAAAGAAUCCAUAUUUGGCAGCAGUAAAAGUAAAUAGAGAACUUCAUGGACCAAAAUCAGAACGCUCAUGUAUGCAUAUUGAAUUUGAUAUUGAGGGUUCAAAAAUGCGCUAUGAAACUGGUGAUCAUUUAGCUGUUUAUCCAGUGAAUUGUUCAUUGCUUGUGAAUAAAAUUGGCGAGAAAUGUGGCGUUGAUUUAGAUACUAUUGUCACAUUAACAAAUACCGAUGAGGAAUCAACGAAAAAACAUCCAUUCCCAUGUCCAUGUUCAUAUAGAACGGCACUCACACAUUAUUUAGAUAUCACUGGUCAUCCAAGAACACAUAUUCUUAAAGAAUUAGCUGAAUAUUGCACUGAAUCAGAGGAUAAGGAAAAAUUAAAACUUAUGGCCUCAACAAGUGCUGAGGGUAAAGCUCUUUAUAAUCAAUGGAUUAUACAAGAGAAUAGAAAUAUUGUACAUAUUCUCGAAGAUAUUCCAAGUCUUAAACCAGCUCUCGAUCAUCUUUGUGAAUUACUUCCUCGUCUUCAAUGUCGAUACUAUUCAAUAUCGUCGUCUCCAAAGCUUCAUUCAACAACUGUUCAUAUAACUGCAGUUGUUGUGGAAUAUAAAACACCAACUGGAAGAAUUAACAAGGGAGUAACAACUUCAUGGUUAAAGGAGAAACAUCCCUCGGAGCCACCGAGUUUGGUUCCAAUUUUCGUCAGGAAAUCACAAUUUCGUCUUCCUCUUCGCACUUCAACGCCAAUUAUAAUGGUCGGUCCAGGAACUGGUCUUGCACCAUUUAGAGGAUUUAUCCAAGAACGUGAUCUUGCCAGAAAAGAAGGAAAAGAAGUGGGUGAGACAAUUUUGUAUUUUGGAUGUAGAAAAAGUGCAGAAGAUUUCUUAUAUAAAGAAGAACUUGAGGAAUACGUGAAGAAUGGUACUCUUAUUUUGCACACGGCAUUUAGUCGAGAGCAGGAACACAAAAUUUACGUAACACACUUAUUAGAAAAGAAUGACGAUGAAUUAUGGAAUGUAAUUGGAGAAAAGAACGGUCACAUUUAUGUGUGCGGUGAUGCACGAAAUAUGGCUCGCGAUGUACACAAUAUUCUAUUGAAAGUAGUAAUGCAAAAGGGAAAAAUGACAGAAAUGGAAGCACAAGAUUAUAUAAAGAAAAUGGAUACGCAAAAACGUUAUUCAAGUGACGUAUGGAGCUGAAUUUUAAUUCAUUUAUAUUCAAGUAAAUUUAAAUAUAAGAUAAAUUGCUUAAAAACAAAUUUUUUUAUCCAUAAUCAUUGUUGGUGCCUAUAAAAAAAAAAAGAAGGAAACAAUUUUUUAUAAAUUCUUUUUUUUACACUAUAGUUAUAUAGUAUGAAAGUAAAAAUAAUAUUAUGUUUAUAUUUAAGAAAUUUUAUCAAAAUCUCGUGUUUAUGAAUUAAUGAUCGAGAGUAUGUGUUGUUUCUCUAUAGGUGAUUAUUAUAAAUUAAGAACAAUUAAUCAAUUUACGAUAAUAUUGUUCUUUAGUAUAGAAAGUUUGAUGUAAAAACAAAAAACUGUCAUUUUGACAUGUUCUAGUUUCAUUUCUUAUAAAUAUUGUAAAUAUUGUGAUAAAGGCAUUUUGGCGGACAAUGUUUUUACUGCUAAAAAAAAAAAAAGGGAAAUUGUAUACUUUGCCUAAGUGGAAUGUUUUAAGAAAUUUGAGUGCGACAAUUGAGCACUAAUUUUUUUUUUUUUUUUUUUUUUAGAAAAUUUGUAUGUAGUUAGAAAAAAAAAUCGAAAGACAUAUUAUUAUUCGUAGAAAAAAUAUCUUUAGAAGCGUUUGAAGCAAUAAUUGAAAAUUAAUUUGCCUCAAAUAAAACUCAAAUUUAGAUCAAUAAAAAAAAAAAUAUAUAUUAUUUCAAUAAUAGAAUUAUUAUUAGUGUAAUACAGAUAAUUAUUUAUCUUGUUUUAGAAUUGUAAAACAUAACAUUUAUGCUAUUUUCAUACGCAUCAAUUAAUUGAAUUUUAAUUAAAAUUCAAUUAUCAUUUUAAUUGAUAUAUAUAUAUAUAUAUAGAUUAUAUAAUGCAUAUAAUUGUAAAUAUUGAGGGUGUCUACCGUGCCAAUUUACAUUUGUAUAAUAAAUAAAAUGCCUUGUUAUUAAGUGUAGAACAUCAGACAUGAUUAAAUUAUCAUUUGUUGUGUUUGAAAAAUUUGUAUUUGAUUAUUUAAUCAAGUCUCGUGAUCUAAUUUAAAAAAAAAAUCAAUUUAUUCACUGUAAUCAAAUAUAUAAUAAAAUCUAAUAAUUGUUAA